GCCUCAAAUUCACAACUUACAACAAUAGUAGUACUGUAUUUUCAAAACACCAUCUAACACCCCAUUAAAGCCAUUAACAUGAGAUUCAUCACCCCAACAAUCUCCAUCUUGCUCUCCGGAUUCUUUUCCAGCCUCGCCAUCGCAGAUAGUAGCACAUGUAACAGCAUCUGCGCUCACAACAACGACCCCGGUCUCUGGACCGAUGCCCACGCCCCAUCCGCCCAAGUAGACUCCAUCCUCGCUAACGGCGGUGGAUGUGUACAAGGCAGUGUACAAGGUCACAUGUGUAUUGCAAUUAUUGGAUCUGAGGAAGACGCCAACCUCGUCGCAGGCUGUCUCGAACAGAUGGCUGCCCAGUGGCAGAGUUACAAUGAUAAUUGGUAUUUGUGGAGCUCGAUUACUUGUGUUUCUGGAAGUUCGACUGGUAUUAUUUCUAUCACGGCUUAGGCGGAUGAGAAGAUGCAUUGUGGAUAUCUUAAAAUUGUUCAAGUAAGCAGGUGAAUUGGUUGUAGAUGGGGAACA